AUGGGUCUCCCCGAGACCGUUCAAGGUCGCCAUGACGGCAAAAUCAUCGACCAGACUAUAGUUGGGGAGGAAUCAUAUACCUCGCAAAAUGAGAAAUCGGAGGCAGUCGUGGCCAAUCGCGACAAAUCAUCAUUAUAUGAUCCCGAAUCACCGCCUCGAGCGGACAGCCUUCAUGCGGGUGACAUGUUCGACGACGAGAAGGAAUUGGCACAGCACCCCGACAGUAUCACAGAAGGUGCGGAGUUGGGUCAGCAGAAGGCGGAAGCCGCAGCACUUGUAUGGAGUUUGCCAGCUUUGGUUGGAAUAUAUGCUUGGAUUUGGAUCUGCACAUUCAUGUUGGCAUUUCACUCGAAUAUUAGCAGCUUCCUGAUCAACUACAUCCAGGGUGGGUUCCGGACCGCACCGCAAGUCUCAACGGCCUAUAUCCUCGCGAAUGUUGUCGGCGGGGUUCUUAAGCUGCCGAUUGGUAAGACCUUAAACUUGUGGGGUCGUGCUGAGGCCCUAGUGGUCUCGACGGGCAUUUAUAUCCUUGGUAUGGUAAUCCUCGCUGCAUGUGAUGGUCCCAAUGGCUAUGCAGCGGGCUAUGUGCUUUACUGGAUCGGUUACUAUUGCAUAUACCUGAUCUUGAAUAUUUUCGUCGCCGAUACCUCCGGUCUAAGAAACCGAGCGUUCGCUUUUGGUUUCAUGCAGACUCCGUUUAUCUGCACUGCAUUCACGGGCGGUCUUGCGGCAAACUCGAUAUACGCUAAGUUUGGGUGGCGCUGGGGCUAUGGCAUCUUCUGCAUUGUGAUGCCGUUUACGUUCUUGCCCCUCGCCAUGGUUUUCAAGUACUUCGAGAAGAAGGCAGAGAAGAAGGGCAUCUUUCGUCGGCAGCCCAGUGGCCGCACUGUGGGACAAUCUAUUAUCCACUAUAUCCAUGAAUUUGAUGUUAUUGGUGCUUUCUUCCUCAUGAUUGGUUGGGUGAUGUUCCUCCUGCCAUUCAGUUUGGCACAGUACGGCCGCUCUGAGUAUUCAAGCGCAAGCUUUAUUGCUCUCAUCAUCAUCGGAGUGUUCAUGUUAUUUGUCUUUGCAGCAUGGGAGAAAUGGGGUGCACGAACUCACUUUAUCCGCUAUGAGUUGAUCAAGCGCCCAACUAUUCUAGGCGCAUGCCUACUGUCCGCUGUGCUAUUUUUCAGCUUCGAGCUCUGGGAUCAGUACUUCUACAACUAUGUCCUGAUCUCCUACGACAUUUCCGCAGUCAAUGCAAAUUACAUGCUGCAGAUUUACAACAUCGGCUCUUGUUUCUUUUCUCCCGUCAUCGGAGCCAUCAUCUGGGCCACUGCGCACUUCAAAUAUAUCUGCCUGUUCUUCGGGGCCCCAUUGAUGAUCCUCGGCUCCGGGUUAAUGAUCUACUUCCGUGGGUCGGAUCACGGGAUUGGCUACGUUGUCAUGUGUCAAAUCUUCAUUGCUUUCGCCGGCGGCACCCUCGUCAUCGGCGAAGACAUGGCCGUUAUGGCAGCAGGGGGCCGCGAGGGCACCCCGAUGAUGCUGGCCCUCAUCGGAUUGUUCUCGAGCAUCGGCGGUGGAAUUGGCUUGGCUGUUGGCGCCGCAAUAUACAACAAUGUCUUUGUCAACACCCUCACGGCACAAUUACCGGACAACUUGAAGGCCAAUGCCACACAGAUAUACUUUGAUGGAAUCCCCGUGCAGUCGACUUAUCCAUGGGGAAGCCCUCUUCGUGAAGCUGUCGCGUAUACAUGGGGCUAUGCCCAGCGCCUGAACUGCAUUGCUUCAACUGCCGUGUUGGCUUUGACUAUUCCUUGCAUUCUGGUCUGGAAAAACUAUGACGUUAACCGGAAGCAAAAUAAGGGUAGAAUGAUUUUCUAG